GCGAUGGUAACGGACAACACACCGGACAAGAGCCGCUAAACAGGGUCGAGAUGACCAUGUCGCAGCUGGAUGUCGACGGUUUUCCAAUUUCGUGGAAAGAUCCACAGGAUGCAGACACAGUAUCCAUGUUUGAUGUGAUUUACGGCAAAGUGAGAGAGAAGAUCAUCCUGCAGCGGCUGAUAAUGAUUUCUCGGCUCCCCCACGACCUUGCUGAUAGGACAGACCUGGGAGCUCAUUAUGAAAAUCUCAACUUUCAGCUGAACAAACAGCACAUAUGGGAUCACAUAACAGGCCUGCUGCUGAUUUAUCCAUCCUACCUGCUGCACAUCAUUGAAUCGUCCAGGGAUAUUCUGACUUCUGUUUUGAGAGACGUCAAAGUCAUGCAACAACAGCCACACCGCACCUUGCUGGAAGUAAAGAUUGUGUUUUUGGAUCACAACCCUCAAAGAAGGCUGUUCCAGCAGUGGAGCUACAAGGUGCUGGGUGCAGAUCAGGUGAUCAGGGAUCCCGCAGUUAAGGUACUGGAGGAUGAAGAUGUCAGCAUAGAGACCCUUGUAUGCAGCGUCCUGUCAACGCUGCAAAAUCUGAGCAAAAAGCUUGAAAAAUCUAAGGCUCUUCCCGGGUCAGUGUUGGAUGAGACACCGCAGCUGAUCGUCCAUCAGAAAAUUCUGGAAAGGCUUUUGGGUCGAGAGGAACUCCUGAGCCUGCAGCAGUACCUAGAUAUGUACAAAUCCACCUUAAACAUCAGUAUUGAGUUUGGACAGCUGAAUCCAAGAAACCUUUUCUCCGCUGUUUAACCCCCUGAACAAAAUGUCAAAGGCCAACUGUUUCCUGACUGACUGUUUCCCUGUAGUGAUUUUGGUUCCUACACUGAAAAUAUUUGCUGCAACUUACUGUUCACUUAUUCUAGUGAUACUUGUGGUUGUCAGACAUCCUCUGCCUUUCCUGUCUUUUAUGAUAAAUAGUACGUGUCCAAAAGAUCCAUUCACUCUUUGCUUCCCUUUUAUUGUCUGUGUAGCUAGCCAUGUACUGCGAUCUAAUAGUGUGGCAUUGUUUUCCCAUUCUAAAAUAAAGACAUAUUCAAAAAAUA